GGUGCCCGUGCCCCGCGUGCUCCGGUGCGGGCUGGCCGCGGAAGCCCCUCUCCCCUCGCAGGACCCCGCACCGAAGCCGCGGGGAAAGGAUUUCCUCGCCCAGUACGGUAUAUUAAAGUAGGAAGGAAAAUGGAUGCUGCUUUCGGAAGCCUAAGGUGCUCUGUGGCAGUGCUGGAGCUGCGUGCAACACAGUGACCUUACAGGAGCUAAAUCGGAGCUCUUGGGGGGGGUGCUGAUGCCAGUAAGAGCAAUUCAAGUGACUGACAGGGCAGGUGAUGCACACAGAGGAGAAAGAGCAUCCCACAGCACAGCUACAGAACCAAGCACUUCCCCCGUGAAACCACCUGAGAGCUUGGGUGCUUUCGUACACAUCCUGUGAAGAACAAAUGUCUUCGGAAGGCAAAGCUGCAACAAACAGAAAGCAGAGGGGCUCUGGGUCUUGAGCCCCAAACUACUGCGGGAUUGAGGGACCGGGGGCAGAUCUCAAGGCAGGAUUAACAGAGCUGAGAACGUGCACAGAGCCAAGUAAAACUUCAAACAAAAUAGGAUUAGAGUUUGCUGCCAUAAAUGAGGAAAAGGAAGAUGUCAGCUUAAGAGACUUGGACUCCUGUAACACCUAAACCAAAGCCGGCGCUUCAUCGCCCUCUGAAACCUGUCGCAUCCCGCUGCAGAUGACACCCCCCUGCCGCAACCGGUAGCUGCAGCACGUGGUGAAUGCCUGAAGGGACUCCUCCUGUGCCUGGCUCCCAGUGCAGCUCUCAUGGCCUGCGAUGAACCCGCUGCUCUCUCGGGCAUCCUCACGCGCCAGAACUCCUCCAGCGCCGCCUCCCUGGACUCCCAGCCCGAUGCUGACUACACGUUUGUGGAAGCCUUGGAGGAGCGGUACAAGUGCGCCUACUGCCACCUCGUCCUUCGCAACCCGCACCAGACGGGCUGCGGGCACCGCUUCUGCCAGCAGUGCAUCCUGGCUUUGAGAGAACUGAGCGCAGUACCCACCUGUCCUGUCGACAAAGAGACAAUAAAAAUGCAUGAGGUAUUCAAAGACAACUGCUGUAAAAGAGAAGUUCUCAACUUGCACGUCUUCUGCAAAAACACUCCUAACUGCAACUCGAAAAUCAUGCUGGGACGGUACCAGGAGCAUCUUCAGCGGUGUUUGUUUGAAAGCGUGCCGUGCACUAAUGAUGGAUGCUGUGACCAAGUUCUUCGGAAAGACUUGGAAGAGCACUUGAGCCAGCACUGCAAAUUCCGAGAAGAGAUGUGUCAGUACUGUAACAAAUGUGUGCUGUUGGUUAACAUCAAGAAUCAUGAGAAAAAUGACUGUCCUGAUUAUCCUGUGCCUUGUCUCCACAACUGUUCCCAAAUCAUUCUGAAAAAAGAGACUGAAAAGCACCACGCUGUGUGUCCCGAGGUGGAAGUGGACUGCCCCUAUAGGCAGUACGGCUGUCUUGUAAAGGUUAAAAGAGGGAAACUUGCUGAACAUGAGAACGGUGCCCUGAGGGAGCACAUCCUGCAGAUCUUAGACAAGAACUCCCAGUUGGAAGAGCAGAUAACUGACCUGUAUAAGAGCCUGGAAUGCAAAGAGAUUAAAAUCCAGCAGCUAGCAGAGGCCAUUAAAAAGUGUGAGAAAGAACUGAGACAGUUUACACAACUGCUUGGUAAAAAUAGCAACUUGAUGGCUUUGGCCAGUCACCUGGAUAAAUCUGCACGCCUGGAGUCGCAAGUGAAACAGCUAAUACAGACGGCAAACCAGCAGCAAAGCAAAUUAGACUUGCAGCCUCUGUUCGACAUGAUUGAGAAUGUAAAACAGAAGAUUGCCCUGAUGGAGACAUACGAUCAGCGCUUGGUUGUUUUGGAAGGCCAGUCCAGCAAACACGAUCUCCAGAUCAACAUUCACAAAGCACAGCUCAAUAAAAACGAAGAACGCUUUAAGCUUUUGGAAGGCACGUGCUACAAUGGGAAAUUAAUCUGGAAAAUCACAGACUACAAGACGAAGAAGAAGGAAGCAGUGGAAGGCCGCGUCCUCUCCAUAUUCAGCCAGCCCUUCUACACCAGCCGCUGCGGGUACCGGCUGUGUGCGAGAGCCUACCUGAACGGGGAUGGCUCAGGGAAGGGAACGCACGUCUCCUUCUACUUUGUAGUGAUGAGAGGGGAGUUCGAUUCGCUGCUACUGUGGCCUUUCAAGCAAAAAGUCACACUUAUGCUUUUGGACCAAAGUGGGAAAAAAAAUCACAUUGUGGAAGUCUUUCGAGCCGACCCCAACAGCAGCAGCUUCAAAAGGCCGGAUGGAGAGAUGAAUAUUGCCUCCGGGUGCCCACGCUUCGUGCCACACGCGGUCCUGGAGAACACAAAGAACACCUACAUCAGAGAUGACACUCUCUUUCUGAAAGUGGUUGUGGAUUUAACUGAUCUGGAGGAACUGUGAAAAACGCUCCUGGUCAGUGUGACUGCUUUAACCAACAAGGAAUGUUUUCUUGGUGACCACCAGCCAUGCGAUACUGAAUUGCCACUAGUCAAGACACUGAUACUGUUUUGAGGCUUUUGGAUUGCGUAACAGACAAUAAAUUGCCAAAGCAUCAGACUUCCUUCCCUUUUAUAACCCUUUUUUCCAGACCGUGUUUUCCAGGCAGCUGGAAGUCCGGUUUGAUGCAACAUGCAUUC